AUGGACGUGGAUUUGCUAAGCGACACAGAUGGCAUUGGAGAGGACAUAUCAGUUGUACAGGAGUUCGGAGAGGAAAGGAUAUGCUACGGAGCAAUCUGCGGAGCCCAGGUUCUGCUGAAUCCUCACACUCAGAUGCCUAAUGAGACACAGCCGUGGGCCAUGUAUUGUUUAUUCAAGAUCGAGCCUGAUGGAAGAAACUACUACUUGGUUGGUGACGGGGAACCCAAUCCCAAGAAGAGAUCGAUCCUGGACUGUGAUACAGCUGCGAUUCUGACGAUCGUAGCCAAGAGAUCCGGAGACACAUCCUUCGCAGCGGUCCUUAGGGUCGAUGUAUUUGGUGGCAAGCGGAAGAGGUCUGGAAAGGGCCUACCUAUCGACAUCUCAGUCAACAUCUACGGCUCUAGGAACACGAUUGACGAAGUUGAUGACGCCUUGUCCGAGAUUGGCACUUAUCGCACUUACCUACAGCAUCCUGUAUUUUUGGAACCCGGUACCCCAUACAUCAACCCGCAGUUCUUCUACCCGACUUCUCAGAAGACCGACCUCAGACAUUUGGUUGGCUCAAGCGCCCGAGAAAGCGACAUCAAGCCUAAGAUUUCCCAAGAGGUUGACGAGGUUAUGGAGUCCUUGGACGGUUCGUCCGAGGAUCUCACGCCAACAAAGAGUGGCUUCCUUGAUCUGCAACCGAUUCUGGAUCGGUUCCUUCUCAACACGACAUUGAAAGAGCAUCAGCUAAAAGGCGUUGAGUUCAUACUUUGCCGUGAGGAUGACGAGGCAGCCACCCAAAUACACAGGCACAUGCUCAUGUCGAUCCACCAUAGCUUGCUAUCUCGCCCAGAGAAACCAGGCCGUGGGGGUAUACUUGCAGAUGUGAUGGGUCUCGGUAAAACGUUGACCAUGCUGAGUGCUAUUCUUUGCUCGAGGCAACUGGCCCACUCUUUCCAUUACGAUACCAUGACAAAUAACCAAGGUGGGCACCAUGCACCACUGAACAUCACUCUUGUUGUUUUGCCAUCUCGACAGGUGCUUGACGUUUGGCGGAAUGAAAUCGAUAGGCGCUUUCAACCUCACACAUUUAAAACUGUCACUUUCCACGGAGACGCGCGACCCAAAAGGCGAGAGCUGCUUCUCGGUCAUGACAUCGUCCUCACGACAUAUCACACCCUCGAAACGGACAAUCGGGGAAAGGGGAUUCUGAGCUCCAUCAACUGGUCUAGAAUUGUUCUCGAUGAAGCCCAUCAGAUACGGAACGCUUCGAUCAAGCUGCAUAAAGCUGCAGCUGCACUUGGAAGUGAUACCCGAUGGUGUCUGACCGGAACACCCAUCCAGAACAGCUUCGACGACCUCAGAUCUUUGCUCAAGUUCCUGCGUUUUGAACCCUUUUGUCAGAGCAACCUUUUCGAACAACACAUAGUGAAGCCUUUCAGAGAGUAUCAACCAAACGCACCCGAUGUGUCACGAACCCUGAAGAUCAUGCUCAAAGUAUGUUGCCUGCGGAGAACGCAAGCAAAGCUAGACCUUCCGCCCAGCACUAUGCAAAAGGUGGAUGUAACGCCCACCGAAGCUGAGAAAUCUAUAUUUACAAGCAUUCUCGAUCAAUGCAAGGAAGAUUUUGACAGAAUGGCCGGUAAAGAAGGAAACUCCAAGAAGUCUAACAUUUUGUUCUCGGCAAUAAUGAAGCUCAGGAGGGUUUGCAACCACGGAGCUAUUGCUAUGAGCGCUUGCGGCUUGAAACGUACGAAUCAGCUGGCCGUCCCCAAGUCAAAACGGAAGGUCUCGAGGUCGCCGAGUGCAGAGCCAGCGUGUGAGUUUUGUGAUGAGAAGACUGGAAACGCUGAUGUUCUUGGUGGCCUUGACAGCUGUCCCAUUUGCGGUCUGCUGCAGUCUGAGAUAAAUGACGAAGCCUCAUCCCUGGCACCCUCAACUCGGCCGACACCAUCUCCAACGCCAUCUAUGAUGGAUAUAGAUACGCCCGAACCUUCUCCUGGACAUAUCUACAGAGAAUCAAGUAAUGAGUUGAAACAGAAGUCUUCAAAGAUGUCUGCAGUCGUGGACAACAUCAAGAAGUCAUGCAUGGACGCGGGUUCCAAGAGUGUUGUGUUCUCGAGCUGGAGAGAUACUCUUGAUAUCUUAGCAACGAUGUUGGGAGCAGAAGGAAUUACCUUUAUUCAGGUUGACGGACGCAACCCGCUGGCCGGCCGUACGGAACUACUCUCCAAGUUCUGCCAGGACCCAAUGAUCCGAGUUCUUCUCAUAUCCAUCAACACUGGCGCAGUUGGUCUCACUCUCACACAAGCAAAUAUGGUUCAUAUCGUUGAACCGCAGUGGAACCCAGCUAUCGAAGAACAAGCGAUCGCAAGAGUCGUCCGGAUGGGCCAGAAGAGGCCAGUUACCAUCUUCAAGUACAUAACAGCCGGUUCGAUCGAAAACACUGUUGUCAAAUUGCAAGAGAAGAAGACGCGGAUCAUCAAACUAUCGAUGCAAGACAAGGAUAGCGCUGAAUCUGAUGCGAACUUGGAUAGCUUCAAGUUUGCCAUUGAUCCAAAUGAGUGGGGUGUUGUAUCAUAA